AUGGAUGCGAAACAAGACGAACAGAACCAGUGCCAGUUAUCACUUCCACUUGGUCGUAUCGAGCCAGCUGUCCGACGAUCGACAAAUAGAAGCCCACCCUAUUUCUGGGGUGAGGUCAAACAUGAAGUGGCCCAAGAGCCCAGCUUUCCUAUCCAUAGAGGAUAUGCAGAGGCACGCAUCAUCAUCGAAAAUGGUAGAUUAGAGCUACUUGAGGACCUUUCAAACAUUGCCAUACAGUAUAUCACGCGGGUAUUUGAGUGCCUCGACUCAUCUAAGGAAGGAUCACAGAAAGGCUUCGUGGAGAUGCAUCUCUCGGAGGAUCUGCAGAAAUGGCGAAGGGAACAGCACGAUUCCGGAAGGAUUUUACCUAGCAAAGGCUAUGGACUAACACCCGCCUUGGAGAAGGUGAUUCGGCUUUUUGGUGCGGAGAAAUGGCCGAAACCACUGACCACUACCAAUGCGUUGUUCGGUUGCGGAAUGAUAAACAUGUUGAUCGGGGCAUAUGAUGCUGAAACUCUCUUCUCCAAUUAUUGUACCGACAUGGCUUUCUACUAUGAGCACGGUUACGAGAAGGUUUUUCCGGAGUUCGAAGACGCGAUCAAGUCGGCCGUUAGCGAUUAUCGUGCACUGCAUACUCCAGCCGGUGCCGAAAGGCGGGCCGCUGUCGAGAUUAGUAUGGAGUAUAUAAGGGCGAAAAUCGCUUUAGAGGAAGCCCACAAAUCGAAACUGGUCAAUAAAGUAGCCAAGCUGAACAGACGGGAGGCCCAAAUCAUAUUUUCCUUCGAGAGCAGCUUGAUGGGUCUGGCCAAAGAGGCUAUGGUGCGUGGUUUUGAUCCUGCUGCGGCGAUGAGCGACAUGGUAUUUGGCAAUCCUGGGACGGACGUCCUCGAUGUGGGUUCGGAUCUAAACAACUCGGAGCUGUUGAACUCUUUCCUCAACACCGCCGACAUGACUUCGACAGGCAUAGUUACCGAGGAAGCACUACGGAGGGUAUAUGAUGCUUACGCACAUACGGGCUGCAGGAUGCUAUGCGAACGCUGGAUGGAACCAGCGGCGCGCAUGUGCUCCGGACUGUUCACAUGGCACAUCCUGAAUGACAGACACCGAUUCCUGCGACGUGCUCUGCUUGGCUACUCCAAGGCGCGUAAGACGGCGGCGGAACCACGCGAGGCAGAUUUUGAUGAAGCCUUCGACUCUGAGCUACGCACUACUGGCUUUAGUAGACCGUUGCAGGGGGCUUGUAACGGUGGCGACCCAUGUGAUCAAGUAGAUGGGCACCUAUGCGCACACGAGGAAAGUGAUGGCGUACUGGCUGAGCUCUGGCUGUGUCUCAGUACUGAGCCAAUGCAAUAUGUCUCCAAGGGUGUUGUGGAUCCGGAACUAGAGGAUUACUUGUCUGAGAGACUCCAGCUAGCUAUGGCACGGGCAUACUCACUUGGGUUUGUGGAUGAGAUGACAUGGCUGAUCGCCCAUGCUGGACAUCAUGCCUGGCAGGUAAAUCGAUUGUUUGAAGCGGCUAUGUAUGGCAGUAUCCUAGAUGAUGGUGGUCUGCGGGGUAAGCUUGAUAGGCAAGAUGAUUUGUGA